AUGCAAGGUGAAGGUAAGAAGCUUAAGCCUCUCAGAUAUGGUCCCUUUGAGAUCUUGGAAAAGAUCGGUACCAAUGCCUUUCACCUUAAUCUUCCUCCAUAUAUGCAAAUUUACUCAGUUGUAAAUGUAGAAAAUCUGAAGUUGUACGAGCCUCCAAUGAUAUUCGAUGAAGAGGCUAAUAUUCAAGUUCCUUCAGUUGAUGAUCUUUCACCAGAGUACCUAUCAGAGUUGCCAGAAGAUUUCAUCCUUGACAAGAAUAUCCGAACUUCACGAAGAGGACCAGUUGAAUACCUUCGAGUGGGAUUAAAGGGGAUGCAUCCAAGCAAGGCAAGAUGGAUGGAGAUUGGUAAAGUGAGGGAACUUCACCCUCACUUACUUUCUGAGUAA